UCCAGUUGUAACGAGGUGUGAUGCAGCCGAACAGGGAAAUAGACAGCUUACAUAAGUUUGUCGUUGGAUCAAUAGCCUCCACAUCGGCGUGACAGCACGAGCAGAAUGGAGCGGGGAGACGGCGACGAGAAUGAGAGGAGCUCGUCCCAGCAGAACUCACUGUGGAGACAGUUUCAGGCCAAAGCCAAGCCGCUGCUCAGCCCCAAGCUGUGCGCCAGAGACCCGGAGAACAAGAAGGAGCCAGGCAUGUGGAUGUUAAAGAUAAUGAAACGGAGGGAAAACGUCGUCCUCGACCGGGUGAUCUCCUCCUCACAGCCCGACCUGCUCUUCUCCCCCCGGGGGGACGUGGACGCCACAGAGGCUCAGCUCUGCGGAAAAGCGGCGGCGAGCGGCUCCGGACUCGUGCGGGAGAGGCUGCCGUCGUCCUCCCAGCACAUGUCCGCCUCCCCGGACAAGCCCACGGUGGCUCAGCUGGUGCAGUCCCACCACAAGAGCUCCUCUCUGGGGUCUGCAUGUCUGGAGAAGCUGUCCAAGCCACCGGCCAGCGGCGGCGGCAGCGGGGGCGGCGGCAGCGGGGGCAGCAGCGGGGGCGAGGCGACUGAAGCUGCUGCAGCCACGGAGGCAGAGCCGGAGAGCAAGGAUGAGCAGCCGGGUAUGGCUGCUCCGUGCUCCGCAGGGGCCAAUCCUGAGCGAAUCGCCACCAGCUCAGGGAUGUACAAGCUGGACAUUGACCUCAAGAGAGGCCACAACCUGGCCAUACGCGACAGAGGAGGCAGCAGUGAUCCAUAUGUCAAGAUCAAACUCGGUAAUAAAGAGGUGUUCAAGAGCAAAACCAUCCACAAAAACCUCAACCCAGUGUGGGAUGAGAAGAAGACUAUAAUAAUGGAUAAUCUGAGUGAACCUUUGCAUUUCAAGGUGUUUGACUAUGACUUUGCCUUUCAAGAUGACUUCAUGGGUUCAGCUUACCUCUAUGUGGAGUCUCUGGAGCAGCAGAGGUCAAUACCUGUAACUCUGGUGCUGAAGGACCCACAGUAUCCCGAUCAGGAUCUGGGCACCCUGGAGCUGGCCGUCACCCUGACACCUAAAGAAAGUCCCAUAGAGGAGCGACGAGACGCGACGACUAUGCUGCUCAGGAGGUCCUGGAAACGAUCCGCUAAGCAGCAGCAGUCAACGCGUCUUUCAGAGAUGCAUCGGAAAUCACAACUCUGGCGAGGGAUUGUCAGCAUUGCAUUAAUUGAAGGUCGAAACCUGACUCCCAUGGACCCUAACGGCCUAAGUGACCCAUACGUCAAGUUCAGACUGGGGCAACAGAAGUACAGGAGCAAGACUGUGGCAAAGACCCUGAGUCCACAGUGGAGGGAGAAGUUUGACAUGCAUCUGUUUGACGAGACAGGAGGAGAGUUGGAGAUCACAGUGUGGGACAGAGACACCGGCAGGAGAGAUGACUUCAUUGGACGCUGCCAGCUGGACCUCUCUGCUCUGGCUAAAGAGCAAACCCAUCACCUGAAGCUGCCACUGGAAGAAUCCCAGGGGUAUGUGGUGCUGCUGGUCACGCUCACCGCCUCUGCCCACGUCUCCAUCGCUGACUUGUCUCUCACACCGCUGGACGAUCCACAGGAACACAGGGAGAUACUCCAACGAUACAGUUUGCUGCAGUCAUUCUCUAACUUUAAAGAUGUGGGCAUAGUGCAGGUCAAGGUGAUGAGAGCAGAAGGUCUCAUGGCUGCAGAUGUGACUGGUAAGAGUGACCCUUUCUGUGUGCUGGAGCUGAAUAACGACAGACUUCAGACACACACUGUUUACAAGAACCUAAAUCCAGAGUGGUACAAAGUCUUCACCUUUAAUGUGAAAGACAUUCACUCAUUGUUGGAGGUGACAGUGUUUGAUGAAGACAGAGACAGGAGCGCUGACUUCCUGGGAAAAGUUGCCAUUCCCUUAUUGAAUAUACGAAAUGGUGAGCAGAAGAGCUACACACUAAAGAAUAAGGAGCUGACGGGUCCAACCAAAGGAGUCAUCUACCUAGAGAUCGAUGUCAUCUACAACACUGUCAAAGCUGCUUUGAGGACUGUGGUCCCUGCAGAACAGAAAUAUAUCGAGGAAGAACCAAAAGUCUCCAAACAGUUGCUCCAGCAGAAUUUUAAUCGUGUGAAGCGGUGCAUCAUGGUCCUGAUCAACUAUGGGACGUACAUCAACAGCUGCUUUCAGUGGGAGUCUGCACAAAGGAGCAUCAUCUCCUUUGUGCUAUUUGUGGUGGUUGUGUGGAACUUUGAGCUCUACAUGUUGCCACUCGCCUUGCUGCUGCUGCUGCUCUGGAACUACAUCUUCUCUUCAAGCAGGGUAACAGGCGACAUGUCAAUGGAGGCCAUGUUUGAAUGGGAGGAUGUAGAGGAGGAUAAAGAAGAUAAGGACUCAGAGCCCAAGGGCUUCAUAGAUAAACUAUAUGCCAUCCAGGAAGUGUUCAUCAGUGUGCAGAGUGCUCUGGAUGAGGCUGCGUCUUAUGGAGAGAGGAUAAAGAACACCUUUAACUGGACAGUGCCUUUUCUAAGCUGGUUGGCGAUCACCGCCUUUUGUUUGGCCACAGUUCUGCUCUACCUCAUACCUCUUCGAUACAUUGUGCUCGUAUGGGGUGUGAAUAAAUUCACCAAGAAGCUUCGGAAUCCGUACUUGAUUGACAACAAUGAGCUUCUUGACUUUCUAUCCAGAGUCCCCUCGGAUGUUCAAGUGAUGCAGUAUCGUGAGCUGAAGCUCGACCCUGGACAAAGCCCCAACAAACGUAGGAGACCAAACCUGAGCUAACCGUCACAUCUACGUAUCAUCAGCCCUCCUCUCUGCUGGAAAACUUCCCUGUAAAUAUUUGAACUGUAAACGAUGUAAACUAUGUUACUUACAUAUCUCUUAUAUAUUUUGAUGAUGAAAAGUGAUGAGCUGUUUUCUGUUUUGUUAUUGUGGAAAGACACUGAUUUCUUGUCGAAGUUUUGAAAAUAUUUCUUCGGAGAAAACCAGGCAUGUUUUUUUACUCCUUAAAUUUCUUGUAACAAUUAAAACCUGAGGUUUGUGGUAAUAAUGUAUGUUAUGAAUAUCCAUGUGCAUGUAUGAAGGCGUGCUGCUGUUGCAUGGAAUCAUUGCAUCUCUGGUUUAAGUUGUUUUCAUUUUUUCUACCUUUUGUCUUUUUAACGUGUAUGUAUUGUCCAAUGUUAUUUUAAAUACAGAGCUGCAUGGCAUUACUGUCACCGUUAUUCCAUUUAUGACAGUAUAUACACAUAAACACAUACAACUCCGUAAAUAACACCACAUAUGAAACACAAGUUUCCGGGUUGGUAAAAUCCACACAACAACUUUGUAUGUUAAACUUGCAAACUGUAAAACAUGGGGAUGAUGGGGAUCAGCAGGAUUUCAGUCUGGUAAAUAAGUGCUAACUUUGCCCAUUUAACCCAAACAUGGGAUCAUUUUCUUGAAGGUGAUUUUGCUAAAGGAGUGCUACUCUUAAUUGUUUGGGUCAGGCAGCUCCAUUGACAGCUGUGAGAUCACAUGUCGCAAAAUAACUCAAAGUUACUCAAGUGCUGUACCUUAGUACAGUCUUAAAGUACUUUUACUAAGUAUCUCCAUCAGACCACCAUUUAGAUGUCUACUAUAGUGCAUCUUAGUGGCCGAUUCACAUUAAUAAAACAAAAUAUACAUGUAUAUAAAAACAGAGACAUUGUGGUGUAUUUUUUUAUUAUGGUGGGUUAAGAUGAAGCUUUAUUGAUCCCCCUGUAAUGAACAUUUUAUCCACCUUCACAAGUAGCAACAUUAAAGUAAAUUUUAUACAAUAGUCAGAAUACAUUAUUCUGAAAUGACAUUUUGCCAUUUACCCAUUCAUACCCACAUUCAUACAGUGCAGCACUUUCUCUAUUACACAUCACUCACACACUGCCAGCGCAGCGGUCAUGGUCCAGUGUCUUGCCCAAGAACACUCCUGAGCCAAAGUUGCCUCAACAUAAAAUAACAAAAUAUCAGCAAACGUCUUCCAUUCCAGCCCAACCAGAUUACUAUGCACACACAAAGCACAAAGUGUCUAAAAAGGAUUAGAGCUCAUACAGGACAUAUGUCAUACACAUGUUUGACUUUUAUGUUAUAUUGCCUAUAUUUUGCAUGUAUAAGCAUGUAAUAAUCAACAGUACGCAACAAUGUACUAUUAACAGAUCUAGAGCUGUGUUUCCACUGUGGAGAAAUCUUUUCUUUUUUGCAUAACUCUCACAUCUCCCACUUUAUUUUCACUUUCCUUUGUUUCGUAUUUUGCUUUGGGCCAAAUGUUGGUUUGAAUUGUUCAGGACAAUCACAACAGUUUGUGUCAGUUGAGUUCAUAUGUGGAAGGUUUUGGGAAGUGAUCUCCUGCAUGUCCGUGAUAUCGUGUAUCAUUUGUGUGCGUCAAAGUGUUUAUGCAUGACCAAACAGAAACUAUAUGCAAGUGCAUUUAUGGAUGCUGAUGCUAAGUGCAUCUAAUAUGUGUGUUGCUUUUAUGUGACGUCCAGGUCCACCUGAGUUUCCAGGUGAUGAGAGAGGAAGUGUUGUUAAAUCGUAUGUGCUGUUUCCUCUCUGCAACAAAUCAUCACUCCUGCCAUGUUGCACAUACUAUGUUUACAAUAGGUAUCUGAGGCUGUUGAUUAAUUACUGCGAUUGUAAUGAAGGACCAGCUGUAAGAACUGUGUAGCAUUUAUCUGAAAGAAAAUAUAUUUCUACACAUCCUCA